UCUGCCAAUAAUCGAAUUAUAGAUACCGCUCCCAACAAAACGGUGCAAUUGAUGGAUCAAAUCACAGCCGUUGGUUAUCGCCACUCUCGAUCGCCGUCCGGUAGGUUCAUCGGACUCUUCUCUCCGCCGUCCGAUGCGGCGAUCUCCUCGUCGUCGUCGGCGGGGUUCGCCGCCGACGAGCUCAACGAAGACGAAGUUUUCUACACCGACGGCUUCUCUGAGCCGCGGCGCCACCAUUCGUCCGCCGUCGAACACCGGCCGCGCCACGCUUUCCGCCAGCCGGAUAAGUUUGGCAUCCUCGUCGCAUUGCCGGAGAGUCGCCGGAAACCUGACGCGAUAAUCCAGAAGUCUGCUUUCCCUUCCUCACCACCGGCGUCGGAAACUCGCGACAUUCCGGCGAUUCCGAGGCCUCAGUCGCACUCGCAAUCGAUGCCGAUUCGGAGGUUCCAGCAAUCGGCGCCGGUGAACGUACCGAUGAUGACGAGAAAACCGAGGAACGGCGGUGAGCUUGCGGAAGUCGACCUGGACGACGACGACGAGAUCCUUCCGCCGCACGAGAUCGUGGCACGAGGAUCGUUCAGAAAUGAUAAGACGACGACGUUUUCGGUGCUGGAAGGCGCCGGAAGAACGCUCAAGGGGAGAGAUCUGCGGCAGGUGAGAAAUGCCGUGCUGCGUCACACAGGUUUUCUCGACUAGAAAUUUUCACUGACUUCAUCGUUUGAUUUUCUACUUUGGUCUCUUCUGUCAUUUCGAACUUUUGGAUUUGUGAUUUUUUUUUUUGUUGUCGAAACUGGUGAGGCUGUUUCAGAUCUGAGCAUUGGAAAAUAUUAAUUCCA